AUGCAGCUCUCCGUACAUCCCGGAAGUUGGACGUUUAUUGACAAUAUGGCGGCUGAGCCUGCUGUGGACUUGGACAAAAUUGGAAUUUGACAGCGCUCCCCGGGUGUACGCUCAUACACCAUUUCCGCCUCAGGAGUGUACAGAAUAGAUAUAUUUGAAUGAAGGGACCUGUCAAACCGCGGGAUGGUGUCAGCGAGCUGAAGAAACGUUCAGACUAAACCCGUCAUGUCGUUUUUCAAGCGGAAAGCCAAAAGCAAAGAAGCAGAGAGAGUGACCGAUGCAAAAGUCAACAGGGGCCAAGUCAGCCCUCAUUCGCCGUCGCUGGCAGUGAAGAACAACCAUGCCAUCCAGGAGGCUGCUGGGCCCAGCCAUGUGGCCAUCAACGUCAUCUCGGCCAACAUGGACUCCUUUGCUCGCGGUCGCACGGCCAUCCUCAAGAAGCAGCCCAGCCACAUGGAAGCUGCACACUUUGGUGAUCUCGGUCAUUCCAGUGUGAACUAUCAGCCCCAGGAGACCCGCUCUCGGCUCUCCAAGACAGUGGACCAAGUGCUCCGGGACAAUGUGGCGGUCCCCCAUUACAUGCGCUUCUUGGAGCGGCAGGACGCCGAGCACCUGGUUCGCUUCUGGCUGGAGGCGGAGACCUUUCGCUCCACCAGCUGGUCGCGGGUCAGAGCGCACAGCCUCAACUCUGUCAAACACAGCUCUUUGGCUGAGCCCGUGCCCGCCCCCGCCCCUAGCGGUGCUUCCGAGGUCACAGAGCUCCCCCAACACAACGACCUCUCCCCGGAAUGGAACCCCUCCACCACGGAAGCAGGCCUGAGACCUGGCACCCCGUGUGCAGAAACUUCAAGCGGGCAACCUUCCUCCAGGGCUGGGACCCCCUCCAAAGUGCAGUCAAACAACACCCUGCGAGACCUAUCGGACAAACUCAUGAGAAGUUUAGAGAAAGAUGCGGUGACCAUCUUCACCAAGUAUGUCUCUCCGGACGCGGUGAGGCCCAUCCCCAUCACCGAGCAGAUGCGAAAUGAUAUAGUUGCUAAAAUUUGCGGAGAGGAUGGCAUGGUGGACCCAAACUGCUUCGUCAUUGCACAGUCAGUUGUCUUGACCAUCUUAGAGGAACAGUUCUUUAUUGAAUUCCUACGGAGUCACCAUUUCUGUAAAUACCAAAUUGAAGUGUUGACGAGCGGCUCUGUGUUCCUGGCUGACAUCCUGUUCUGUGAGUCGGCUCUUUUCUACUUCUCUGAGUACAUGGAAAAGGAGGAGGCCAUGAAUGUACUGCAGUUCUGGCUCGCGGCAGACAACUUCCAAAACCAGCUGGCAGCAAAGAGGGGCCAGUAUGAUGGCCAGGAGGCCCAAAAUGAUGCCAUGAUUCUUUACGACAAGUAUUUCUCACUCCAAGCAACAAACCCUCUGGGCUUUGGUGACUCCGUACGCAUGGAGAUAGAGUCCAACAUCUGCCGAGAGGGCGGGCCACUCCCCGAAUGUUUUACCACUCCACUUCGACAGGCGUGGACCACCAUGGAGAAGGUCUACAUGCCAGGCUUCCUGUCUAGUAACCUUUACUACAAAUACCUGAGCGACCUCCUCAAUUCCGUGCGGGCAGACGAGUUUGUGAAUGUCAGCACGCCGGGUCAGGGCAGCCCGGUGGACAACGACCGUUCAAGUUCCAGCACCAGUGAGGGCUCUCAGACGCAGUCUGGCGCCAAAAAGGCAGCGAUAAAGAUCCUGAAAAACUUUGAUGAGGCCAUAACGGUCGAUGUCGCCAGUCUGGAUCCUGAGUCGUUGUACCAGAGACCCUACGCUGGGAUGACAUUCGGGAGGGUGAAUGAACUGGGGCAGUUCAUCAGAGAGGCAGAACCAGAACCAGAUGUGAAGAAAUCCAAAGGCUCCAUGUUCUCCCAAGCCAUGAAGAAGUGGGUCCAGGGCAACUCCAACGAGGCUCAAGAGGAAAUGGCUUGGCAGAUCGCAAAGAUGAUUGUCAACGAUGUUGUUCAGCAGCCAAACAACGACAGUCCCAGCAAGUCCACCAAGUUAUGACCCCACCGAGGACUGACAGCACACACGGUUCUGCCCCAACCAAGCACCUAAUUACUCCAACCCCAGAACACCCACAAGGUGUACAUGUGCCUGGCUGAAGUGCUCGCAUCACGUGACCAGAAGUCAGUGACAUUGAAGGCAGCAUUCGGCCCGGUUCCUCAAGAACCCUUGCACACAGAAGCAGCACGCCGGUCAGGACCCGACUCCCAUCUCGGCCCUCCGGAGGAUGUCACACAGACUGAAUUACCCCUCGCUUCAUCACGGCACACCUCCUCACUUUUUUAAAACCAUUCCUUGUUUUUAGAAGAACUUCUCUCUUAAAAGAUAGCCAAUCAAUAGUUGUUUGGGGGGGGGCUUCUUUUGGCAACUGUUGACCAACGUAAGGGUGCCAUAUUUGUGGAGUAUCUGCAAACGUGACAGUGACAAAAGGGGAGGCUGAUACCUCUUGUAUUCAACUUGGCACCUUUACUGAGCGAAGAAUAAAAACUCCCUAACGACUUCAAACGCUCCACUUUGAUGGAAGAACCCAUGCUAUGAAUAUACGUACCUAUACAGUACAUGUGUAUAAUGUAGACCACAUGCAGUACAUAUUACUACUUUUACUUGGAUGUCUUUUUGUAUGCAUCUCAGAAACAACUGGAAGUGUGCUCAACUAAUCCACCUUUUUUUCUUUUCUUGUGAGCUUUAAUGAGGUGUGGAGAAGAGCCAGAAAAGAAUGUUGGUACUAUGUACCUCUUAUGUUUUCCCAUAUCUAUGUGUACCUAAUCUAAAUAUAUUUAAAUUGUGUAUGAUUUAAAUACAGCCAAUAUAAAACGGUUUGUGUCCUUUCUUUUUUUUUCAUUACUAAUCACAAAAUUUGAUGUUUACCAUUUUUAUUGGUAAUAAAGUAGUCAUUCAAUCUCUUACUAAUAAUAUAAAAAUAUAAUAAAUUAUACAUAUAUAUAACAUAACAUUAUAUAUAAAUAUAAGAAUAUAUUAAAUAAUUUAGAUAUAUUCUAAAAUAUUCUUUAAUUUAAGACAGUAAAAACCUAUGGAAAGUAACUGUAGUUCAAGUUGUGUCCAGGUGGGGGUAGUGUUUCCCCCAAUCUAAGUUAUAAUGCAACCCAACGAUGAUUCCUGACCACCUGCAUCAUCCUAGACAUGAACAAACAAGAAAAUAGUAAUAACUUAUUAAAACAUAUAAUACAUUAGUCAUUAAUAUUUAUUUGUUAAUGAUAGCAAAAUAUUACAUUUAUAUUUCUUAGGAAUAAAGUACUAAUAUUAAAAUGUAACAAUGUAACAAAUUAUAUAUAUAUAUAUAUAACAAUAUUUAAUCAAAACAUUUCAAACGUAUAGAAAUGAACUGUGUAUUUGUGUCUGUGUCCAGGUGGGGGCAGUGUUUCCCACCAUGUAAGUUCUAAUGGAAGCGAUUGAUGAUUCCCGACUGUACUUCCAUGCUGGACAUAAACAAACUAGAAGAAUAUGUCAGUAGUAGUGUACCGCAUACCGGAAACGGUACUA